AUGGCGGCGGCGAUGCUCUCUUCUUCCCUCUUUCCAACCACACAUCUCAACAAACCACUCACCUCCCAGUUCCGUCCUCUUUCACUUCGUCCAUCAUUUUCCAGGAUUCGUGCUUCUCUAUUGCAAGAUAAAGAGGAUAAAGUUAUUCUACAAGACUCUUUCCCUUCUAAAACAACAUCUCCUUUAGAUUCAGAUACUGGUAGUAAUUCAAGUGGUGAUAGUGUUUCAUCCUCUAGUGCUUGGGAAAAAGGGGUUAUCAAGGUUGAACAAUCAGUGAAUAUCUUUCUCACGGACUCUGUUAUUAAGAUACUUGAUGCUCUCUAUCAUGAUAGGAAUUAUGCAAGGUUUUUUGUGCUUGAAACUAUUGCUAGGGUCCCUUAUUUUGCCUUUAUGUCAAUUCUUCAUAUGUAUGAGAGUUUUGGCUGGUGGAGACGGGCGGAUUAUCUGAAAGUGCAUUUUGCCGAGAGCUGGAAUGAAAUGCAUCAUUUGCUCAUUAUGGAAGAACUUGGAGGGAAUGCUUGGUGGUUUGACCGGUUUCUUGCUCAACAUAUUGCAAUAUUUUAUUAUUUCAUGACAGCUUUAAUGUAUGCAAUAAGCCCAAGAAUGGCAUAUCACUUUUCUGAAUGCGUAGAGAAUCAUGCAUUUGAAACUUAUGACAAAUUUAUCAAGGAACAAGGAGAGGAAUUGAAAAAAAUGCCGGCUUCUGAGGUAGCUGUGAAUUAUUAUACAGGAGAUGACUUGUAUUUAUUUGAUGAAUUUCAAACUUCCAGAGUUCCAAAUACUAGAAGGCCUAAGAUAGAGAAUCUGUACGACGUAUUUUUAAAUAUCCGAGAUGAUGAAGCUGAACAUUGCAAGACAAUGAGGGCUUGUCAAACUCACGGGAACCUCAGGUCGCCUCAUUCAUAUGUGGAGGACAAUGAUGAAUCAGUCUGUACUCUUGAAGCAGGCUGUGAAGGAAUUGUUGACUGUAUAAAGAAAUCUGUUACUUCUAAUCCAGUUAAGGUGAAGUAA